GCCAGACUUAUAUGUGGCGUAAAAGGCACUCUUGAAGCUAGGCACUCCCCCGUAAGCGCCUGCGCGAACGGGUAACGCAGCUAGUACCUGGAUAUACAGUCUGAGUUAGACUACCUUAAACAAACCAAUAGCACAACUCCAAUAUCAACGCUUCUUCUAUCCAGCUUCCCUUUUCGCAACGUCCUGCUGCAACUACGUCCUCGAUAACCCUAGAAUAUGGCUUCACCGCUCCGCCUUACGGCUCAAUAGAGCACGUCUAUACGGCGUAACGUGCGUAGACCGCAGAUAGGGCUUACGCAGCCUUCUUGACUACAAUUGGGCUAGAGGUACGUUGCUAGUAGCGAUCGGAGUCUAUCCUAGGUAAGUGAGGUACCGAGGAUCGCAUAUAGUAUAGUCUCAACAAUUAUCAUGGUGUUAGUCACAGCCUUACCGUGUCGUAAUCAAAACCACCACGUUCUGUGAUAUUCCCUAACAUCACCCCACGCGAGAUGGAAUCACUUUACAUCUUAUUCUAGAGAAAAUAAACCAAUUCUAUCAUUAUUCUCUAUAAUUAUCCACUAACCUAGCUUCUUACGUCCUACUUUUACUGGUGCGGUAAGACACAAACCAGCGUUUCGAGUGUAGCAGAACAGCUUGGCGAUAGUUUCAAUCUCCGCCAAGACUGUUUCAACGAACCGAAGAAACUAUGCCUUACGCCGAUAACUUGUAUUCUAUGGGCGAUGAAUCAGAUGGCGAGGACUACGCAGAUCAAUUAUCGCCUUCGGACGGUUACUUCGCCUCAUCAUCCUCGUCCCAUGCCGUCCCAAACGUACCAAACGUCUUAAUCCCCGACCCUACGCUCCAGCAGACAUCCGAGUCUGGCGCUGAAUCAAAAGCGAGAGAGGCAGAGGAAGAAAUGUCCUCGCCAAAUACUCGGAGAAGACAAGACUAUUAUCACAACUACAACCAUACUACUACAAGAUUAGGCACUACCGAACAACCCAGUCAGUCGGAGCAACACGCUACUAGUUCGACCACACCACGUCGACAGCAAUCCAAUUCCGCGUUUACGCAUACGUACUCUCCCUCGUCAUCAUCAUAUACCCCUCUCAGAACUCUCAGAACCUAUCCAACACGAGGGCGGACUCCUUCCGUAUAUUCGGACGCUCCACCGGCGUAUUCACCAUCGCCAAUCUCCCCCCUCUCGUCCACCAGCCAACAACCCCAAUCUAGAAGCUACAACACAUUUACCCCUACCAUGGGUGCGCAGGAAACCAUCGAGAACGAGCGGCUGCUAGCCAGAGGUCCCGAGAGCAUCGGCCAACCAAUCGACGAAGAACUUGGUAACACACCGCACUGGACUCGACGAGUCAGGAGACGGCUGCCUACGUGGCUCGGUUGGAGGACCCUGGUGCUUGGCCUGAUUGUACUGGUUGUCUCGAUCGGAUUUCUAGCAAGUUCUUUGCGCAUUAUAAAAGAAGAUGAUCAUAGGAAAACUAUUGGGGCGCAGCCCGAAGAAGGAUCACCGCCCGAGUCCGUAAAGGAACCCGUGGCUGGACCCGGACCCGAUGCGCCUGGGGUCGCCGGCCCUUUUCCGCCAACGUAUUGCGAUAACGCAGUGUACCGCUUCGAGGAUCAGAUCUUAGGCCUCAACUUUGAUAGGAACCACAAUAUUACUUUCAUAGAGGACCAGCACGCACACUCCGGAAACACCCAGGUGCGCGUUGCCGGCCAAGUCAAUGUACGAAGGCUCGAUGCCGGAGGUAGUCCGCGCUUGAUACUGGAGAUCGCCACCAACGACAAGGGUGUCCUACUCGACGUCUUCGUGGACGAAGAAGCCCAAGCCUUGAAGGUGAGCGUGCCUAAGAAGUACAACUCCCUAAACCCGAACACCUGGCCUUGUAUCGAAAUGCGAGCGACAAUCUGGGUGCCCGAAAACGCCGAGAUAGGAGUGUUGUCACUGGGCUCAGUCCAUCUUGAUAUGCUAUUUUUGGACGACCUAUCUCUCCACGUGGCGGGUUACACUAGGGUCUCUUCGAUCGUAGGAGAUAUCACGUCCGGUUCGGACCACCCUACCUUGUACAACAACACUGGCUUUAUGCUGUCUUCUCCGGAGUACACUUUCAUCCCUGCCAAAGAUUCGUACGUGCUCGACUCUCGUAUUAUUGAGAUAUCGACCACGUCGGGUAAGAUCGAAGGCAACUGGCCUCUUUACGAUAUGCUAGGGUUGCACACGACCUCCGGCCACAUCACAGUGUCGAUCACGCCCAAGGAAGAACUCGAAACGGACCCGAAGGCUGCUGUGUUGUCCUUGAGCUCGAUAUCCGGCACUGUCUAUGCCACAGAGCCGGUGCACUUGAGAGGACAAAUCCCGCUUCGCGACUAUCUUGUAGAUAUCAAGUCGACUUCUGGAGGUAUCCAUGGUGCCUUCGCAUUUGGUGCUGGCAUCGAACUCAAGAGUACUGCUAGCGACAUCGCUCUUGAUUUACUUCCCGUGAUGAACGAAGACAGGGUGUCGCCGGAUCAACCCGCUCAACUGGAGACAGCAACGACGAGCGGUACUACAGCCAUCCGCGUGCUCGAGCCGGUUUGGUACGGAGACAGGGGACUGGUUAGCGGCAGGCCACUUAACUGCCUGCAAGCGCUUCACAAGUCCACUAGCGGAGACAUCGGACUACGGUAUCCUCAGGCCUGGGAGGGAUACUUACGCGCCGAGACGACGAGUGGCAGACUAAAGGUCAAGGGAAGAGACGUCAAGAUUAUCAGGUCUGUCGGAGGUUGGCCAGGAUCUAAGCUGGAAGCUCAGAAGGGCGCAGGUGGUCCCGGUUCGACGGUUCAGGUCCACGCUCUUAUGGGUAAUAUGGACACCGUCAUUGGUAGGGGGUAAGGAACGAAUGAGCGUAUGAGUAUAUUGCGUCUAGGAAGAGGGAGUUGAAUGGAUUAUGAAUUGAGGCAUUCUGUCUGGCUUUACGUGGGAGGUGGGGAUACCCUCGCAUUCGUUAAAUACCUUGUGGCUAUGUUUGGAAUGGGUAAACGGCGUUAUGGUUUUCGAGCAUAGGUUCGGUGCUUACAUAGGUUAGUAUUUUUAACGGUAAAUACGAAUAUAAUAUCUCUGAUUAUACUAUAUUAUUGUCUUUUGGCUCACCUUCCGUAUUAAUUCUUCUUGGUAAGCUACAAGGUUGGUCUGGCUUGGGAAGAGCACUUGCCAAUAUCUGUAUCUAAAAUAGCAUAUAGUAGGAACCUGCGAGGCUUCCAUAACUUGUCUAUACUUUCUUAAGUCAAGAGGCAAGUGUAAUUGUAUCAUAUGUAAGGUAUCUAAAGUAGUCCCCCUUAUGGGUUCUAUUUUUCCAACCAUCCCAACUUUUACGAACUACCUAUUUCGCUUAUAGGAAAAGUCAUCAUUCUAUAAA